CAAGUUGUUGUUUUAAAGAGAAAUCUUGUGUGAUAUUUAUCCAAAUCAAAGUCUAAUUUUCAAUUUCCUGGCAUUUUUGCACUUAUUGCAGCUAAUUUGUAUAUACAGUGUACAUAGAGAUGAGCACACAACAAACUCGUUCGGGGGGCGGCGGCGGCCGCACUCAGAAAAAAUCAAAUUCCGCUCACAUUGGCGGUGGCGGUGGCAACAAUGAUACCGGUGCUAUCACACAUGGCGCAGCGGUACAUAAGAAAGCCGAUGCGAACAAGACAGAAAAACCCGAGAAGGCCCAACCAAAGGCCACCACGGAACAGUUGCGCAUUGCCCAGAUAACCAAUAGCACCACAGAGGAUCCGCAGAUCAAUGAAAAGGUCACCCUAUUGCUAACAAUGACCCAACGUUCCGAGGAGGAAGUCUGCUGCGCCUUGAAUGAGUGCGAUUAUGAUCUGGAGGCGGCGGCCAAUUUCUUGAUUGAGAUUCUACCACAGGGCGCCUUUGCCAAGUACGAGAAAAAACGCAAGAAUAAGACUGCAAAUGCAGUUGCGGAUGGCGCCGGCGGGGAUGCCGAUUGGGCAGAUGGCAACGCAAAUGCGGACAGGCGCGAAAAGUCGCGCAAUCGCAGCGCCAAUCGCGGUGGACGCGGCGGCACCGACAGUCGCGGCUGGCGCGGCAGAGAGGCCCGUGAGAAUGACCGCAACAUGCGCGAAUCUCGUGGCGGCGAUCGCGGUGAAGAUCGCGCCAAUGACAACUAUCGUGGUCAGCGUAAUGGCGGGCGCGGCGGUCCUGGCGGCGGCGCCGGUGGUGGCGGUCGCGACGGUGUACGGGGCGGCGGUUUUAUGUCACGCCCCGGACGCGGCGGUGGUCGCAUGGGCGGUCGCAGUGGCGGGCCGCGCGGUGAUCGCGGCUACGGCUUACGCAACAAUGCCAACAAUGAGGAUCACCACGAGGUUGAGCUCUGGGACAACACCAUAGCGCAAAAUGCCGAGAAACAGCAACAGCAGCAGUCGCACGACGACGCCUGGGGCGACUGGAACAACGAGGAGUACGAGGGCUCGCUCAAGGACAGCAAAGUCUUUACACCGAGCAAUCUCAACUCGCAGACGGCGGCCAGCGUGGUAAGCGGUGGCGGUGCGGCGGUUACAGCCGCUGAGUUAUCAGCACCGCCAGGCCUGGAACAUCAUCAUCUGGGCGGAGGUGUAGCACAAGGAUCUCAUCUGAGUGCGCUGGUUGGCAGCAGCGAGGACAGCGGUAGCUCGGCGCCAGCGCCAGUCGCCAGCAUUUCCGGCACAUCAGCGGCGACGCCGAUGAUGCAGUACAGCGCAGCGGUCAGUAAUCCGCCUCCACAGCUGCAGUCGGUGGUAAGCACACCGAGCAGCGUUGCGGGCGGUGGUGCGAGCGUUGCGCUGAAUUCCUCACCCUAUGUCGCCAAUGCUGCCGCCGAUACAUUCUCGAGCGCUGCCUCCGCGGCUGCCACGUUAGUGCAGCAGGCCCAGCAACAGGCGCAGCAGCUUCAACAGCAACAGCAGACGCCACUGAAGCCAUCGGCCACACUUUCAGCGGAACAAUCUCAGUAUUUCAACUCGCUGACGUCGCAGGGCGCCAGCCCGACAGCCGCUGCAGCGGCAGCGGCAGCUGUGCAGCCCUCAAUGGCGGCCGUUUAUGGCAGCCAAAGCAGCGGCUCAACGGCUCAGUAUUCGAGCACGUAUGCGAAUGUGUUCGCCUCGGCGCCCGGCUCCAGCAUGGGCACGCCCAACAGCAACAGUGAACAGUCGCAACAGCCGCAGGUGCGGCGGGCACGCGUCAAAUUGCCGCCACCCUCGAAGAUACCCGCCAGUGCAGUUGAAAUGCCCGGUGAUAAUGCCCUGAACAAUAUUGGCUACUUGGAUGUGCAAUUCGGUGCCAUGGACUUUGGCACAGACGACAGCUUCGAUGCGCUACCAGAGAAGUUCAAUGCGGGCGUCAGUAUCGACGGGCAGCAGCAGCAGCAACAGCAGCAGGAUGACUACCAGACCAAGUCACAGCAGCAGCAGGCAGCGCUCUCCGCCGGGCUACAGAACGCGCAAAUUUUGCAGGGUGAUGCUUUAAGUGCGGGCGGCUAUGCGACGCGGUCGACGGUGCAGCAGCAGAGCGGCAAUGCGCUGGAUCAGCUGACCAAGAGCGAUCCGUACGGACAGGCGGGCAGUGGCAACAAUGGCGCGACGCCAUAUCAGAAUGCGUAUCAGAACAGCGCCGCCAGCAAGGCGAACAGUGCCUAUCAGACGUCUGCAGGCGUGCAGGGCUACAAUAGCUCCAGCUAUGCAAACGUUCAGUCCUCGGUGGCGAACAGCUACCAGCCCUCUAGCUAUGCCAGCUAUCAGGCCAAUGCAGUCAAUUCCUAUCAGCAGCAGCAACAGCAGGCGGCUGGCAAUGCGCAGAACGCGACGGGCAGCGUUGGCGGCAGCGGUGCGGCAACACAAAACAUUCCGAUCAGCGGUAGCGGCGGUCAAAACAGCUCCAGCGCGAAUGCGAGCUCCGCCUAUCUCACAUCGGGUUAUUCGACACCACAAAGUGCUUACCAGUCCAGCCAGAGCGUCUAUGGCAAUACUGGUCUCUCCAACAGCAGCGGGUUUGCUGGCAGCGCAAGCAACUCGUCCUCGCAGUAUGGUAACUUUAGUGCUAGUGCCAAGCUUAAGGAUGCCGCGGCAGCCGGAGCUGCAACGCAUUAUGACAGUGUCUCCACGAGCAGCGGCGUGAGCAGCAGCAGUGCCAGCACUGGCAACGGUGCGGCGGGCGUGGUCAGCGGUGCGACAGGUGCUAAUCAGGCGGUCGUUUCCAAUACCAACAACAACGUGAGCGGCAGCAGUUCGGCCAGCAGCGUUGCGGCUGGUGGCAACAACAGCAACAGCAGCAAUGUGGUGGCAGUUAGCAGCCAGGGCGGCAGCUCGAUAGCGGGCGUAAGUGUAAGCGGCGGUGUUGGUGGCGGUGUUGUCGGCGGCAGUGCGUCCAGCGUCGGUAGCGGCGGCGUCGUUGGCGUCGGCGUUGGCGUGGGCGUUGGCAGUGGCAACAAUGCCGGCUCUGUCCAGGCCGUUGCACAAACAUCGGCGGGCACCGCAGCGGUGCUGGCCUCGCUGACCAACAAGAACAGCAGCAGCAGUAACAGCAGCGGCAGCGGUAAUGGCGGCACCGGCGGCGUCGGCGCUACAACCGGCGGCAGCGUCGGCGCAGGCGGCAGCAGCAGCUCAACUGGUGCUGGUGGUGCUGGUAGUGGUGGUGGCAGCGGCGGCGGCAGCAGCGGCUUGGUGCCCACCAACAUCCAAAUGGUUAGUCAAUAUAUUCAGACUGGAUUGCCAUACUAUCAGCAACCAGUUUAUUCCUACGAGGAAUUACAAAUGAUGCAACAGAGAGUGCCACAUGUGCAAGGGUAUUACGAUCUGAACUACACGCCCACCAGCCUGGGCGCCGGACGCGACAAUCUGGGCUCAGUGGCAUACUCAACCAUGACUGAUGGACGCUUCGCGCGCACCGACAAUAACUCCAGUCCUGUUAGUAAUGUGUCUAGCACAAUGUCGCAACAAGCUGGCUCCAGUGCGCCCAUGCUGAAUGUUCCUUAUGCAUAUUUCUAUGGUGGCAAUGUAAUGCCCGGCGGUUUCCAAUAUGGCACGCCAGCCAUCUAUCCACAACAAAUACCGGCUGCCAAUACCGCAUCCGGUGGCCAGUUCCCAAAGCCUUCGUAUAGCGCGGGCUACGGCUCGACAAGUUAUGAUACGCUCUCACAAACCACUCAGGAUUAUAGCAAGGGCGGCUACUCGUCCAGCGUGAAUCAGCAGAGUAAAACCCAAACGGUUUCCAAUCAGCCGCAGGCGGGCACCGGCUCCGAUCUGACCUCAUCCAUGUACGGCAAGGGUCACGUGGCGCUAAACAAGGUCAAUUCGUAUGAGAAGCAGAGUUUCCACUCGGGCACACCGCCGCCAUUCAACAUGGCCAAUACGCAGACAGCUGGCGGCACCUCGGCCCAGCCGUAUGGCAUGUAUCUGCCGAUGCCAGCGGCCGGACAUCACAAUAUGAUACAUCCGCCUAUCCAUCAGGUAGAGUACAAUUCCGAACAGCAGUUUUUAUUAAAUCAAGAACAAAACAUUCAAGUCGCGUACGAGAAUGAGCAAAUGUGGCAUCAGAACCAACAUAAUAAUCAUGACUAUGCAAUGUCGGGACACAAUCAGCAAGAUAAUAGCAACUAUAUACAAGACGAUCUCAGUGGCAUAUCGUUUUUCGCUGAGUGAAGCAAUUGUGAUAAACUGAAUAUCCAAUUCGAAUCGAAUGAAGCAACAUUAUUUAGCAACAUUUUAGCAAAAUUAACAAUCUACACACACGCAUUUUACACACACUCGCACUAAUAUCACACACACAUACACACACACCUUCUCUCUGUCAUAUAUUUAUUGUUUAUUAACUAACGACACUUGAAACUCAUGAUAAUGCAUGUUAUUUGCGGGCCAUUUAACAUUCCUAAUCAAAAUUUUCAAUUAGUUUUACAUAUAGUUUAUUGUUUCGUUUUUAGUUUUUGUUUUUACACGUAGUACUUGUUUUAUUUUAUGUUGUUGUUGCUGUUGUUAAACCUCAAAACUCAUAUUAACAUAUUCAAUCUGAAAAAAAAAAAAACAAAAAUACCUACAAAUUCACUUGGCACAUUGCGCACUAUUCUUUUUAGCAUUAACCCAAUUUGGUUUAAGUUUUAUUUCAUUCACAAAUAAAGGCUGCAAAUCGCGAACCAGUUGAGCAGAAACUAAACCAUAAAAACUAAACUGCACAGAAAAAAGAAUAUUCUGAACCAUGUUAAGAACUGUGAUAUAGUUUAAUUAUCGCAAGCUUUAAAGCAUAAUUUGGCUCAUAUUCGAAGAAUAACAUGGAGUACUGUGAUGUGGUUCAGUUUCCAAGCCUUAUAGAGAACUGUGAUAUGUUUCAUUCGCGAGCUUAAAUUCGCAAACCUCGUAAUGUAUCACACUAAGAACUGUGAUAGUAAACAAUUGAUCAAAUCUUCCUUACGCACAAUAAUCAGCUUUCGGUUCGUGGUGUUUUGUAGCCUUAAUUAACCCGUUUUAAUUUGUAGCAUUUGUUUUAAACGUAGCUAACAAAAAUACAUUUUCAUGCAUUUUGUUUUGUUCACAGAGCUAGGCUCAUUUUGCUUUUCGCGGGAAUAUUUUUGCGCUCUCUUGCUGCCCCUAGUUAGUUAGUUCAAGUUAUUUAGUUAGUUAGUUAAACUUCACACACUCGCACACCUUUUCUCUUAGUGAGCUUAAUUUCAUCUAGUUCUGGAGUUAUGCGCUAUGGGAUCUGCAGCCAAGUGCAAGAAAACCAAAUAAUAAAU